CUUCAUUGCAAUUCCUAUUAUCUUGGACCUUGUUGCUCCUCCUGCCGUAGCUCAAAUCGACGACGGUGUGAGAAAUAGAAACAGGGAGGGACUAGCUAGCUUAAUUAGCUAAGCACAGGGGAUGGCCUGGGCCGGCUUCAUCCAGGUCAAAAUGCUUCCCAUGACUAAUCUCAUGCUUGUUUCCAUUCUCUCCUCCAUAUUUGUUGUUACUCUGCUCAGCUUUCCCAGCCCAGCUGAAGCUGAUUAUCUAUACCAUGUCUGCCAAAACACUACCACUUUCACCCCAAACUCCACCUUCCAGUCCAACCUCAACCGCCUCCUCUCAACCCUCUCCUCCAACGCCACCCGCCCCUCCGGCUUCUACAACGCCACCGCCUCCUCCUCCUCCUCAAACGACCCCGUCUACGGCCUCUUCCUCUGCCGCGGCGAUGUCGCCGCCACCGACGCUUGCAAAUCCUGCGUCUCCACCGCAACCUCCGACGUCUUUCAGCGCUGCCCCACCGAGAAACAGGUCGUGAUCUGGUACGACGACUGCAUGCUACGCUACUCCAACGAGUCCUUCUUUUCCACCAUGGCCGAGUCACCUUCCCUGUUCAUGUGGAACACGCGGAAAGUAAUUGGUAAUGUAUCGGACCAAAACCGCUUCAACCAAGUACUGGCAACGGGCGUUUCUGAGAUAGCCGCUGAAGCUUCCAAUAAAGAUCGCAAGUUUGCGACGAAAGAAGCCAAGGUUUCAGAGUUUACUUCGCUGUACAUGCUUGGGCAGUGCACGCAGGACCUCUCCUCUGGUGAUUACCAUUGGUGUCUUCUGGGAGCCCCAACACAAGUUCCUAGAAGAGAUGCGGGGGGACGAGCUCUGUAUCCCAGUUGCAACUUCAGGUUUGACUUCUACCCCUUCUACUUCCGCUCCUCCAUCGCACCAGAACCUGCUCUUUCUCCUCCUCCCCCACCCCCACCAGGAUCCAUCAAGGCCAGGCCUAAAGGAGGAAGAAGCAGAGUUCCACCUUCCAUAUUCAUUGGCGGCAGCAUUGCUAUCUCUGUGGUACUUGUUGCUUUGGGCUACUUCUUCGUACGCAGAAGAUCAAUGAGAAAGAAGUACAAUACUGCCCCAAAUCAAGAAAACGGUAGGAAUGACUAUGAUACAAAGAGUGUUGCGUCCUUACAAUUUGACUUGGGAACUAUUGAAACUGCCACAAACAAGUUUUCUGAGAAUAACAAGUUAGGUGAAGGCGGAUUUGGCGUAGUUUUCAAGGGAACACUUGCUAAUGGCCAGGAAAUAGCAGUGAAGAGGUUGUCGAAGAGCUCCAAACAGGGUGUACAAGAAUUUAAGAAUGAGGUUGCAUUGGUAGCCAAACUUCAACACAGAAAUCUUGUCAGGCUUCUAGGAUUUUGUUUGGAAGGAGAAGAAACCAUACUCAUCUAUGAAUAUGUGCCAAACAGAAGUCUUGAUUGUUUUCUUUUUGAAUACAAAAAACGAGAACAACUAGAUUGGUCGCACCGUUGCAUGAUAAUAGGAGGAAUUGCUCGAGGAAUUCUGUAUCUUCAUGAAGAUUCAAGGCUUAGAGUUAUACAUCGUGAUUUGAAAGCGAGCAAUAUCUUGUUAGAUGGCAAUAUGAAUCCAAAAAUUUCAGAUUUUGGCAUGGCAAGAAUGUUUGGAGUUGAUGAUCAAACUCAAGGAAACACCAAAAGAAUUGUCGGCACCUACGGUUACAUGGCUCCAGAAUAUGCUAUGGAGGGAUUGUAUUCUGUAAAAUCUGAUGUCUUUAGCUUUGGAGUACUUUUGCUUGAGAUCAUAACGGGGAGAAGGAACUUUUUAGGCUUUCAUCGAACAAAUUCUGCACCUACUCUUAUAGGCUAUGGUUGGCAAUUAUGGAACGAAACGAAAGGGUUGGAGUUGAUGGAUCCGUUGUUGAAAGAUUCGUGCAGUCCAAAUGAAUUUUUGAGAUACCUCCAUAUUGGAUUAUUGUGUGUUCAAGAAGAUGCAAACAACAGGCCAACCAUGUCAUCGAUUGUUCGAAUGUUAGACAGUGAAGCUAUUAGUCUUCCCCGACCUGAGAGACCAGCCUUCUUUACAGGAAGAUCUAUUGAACAGCAUGAUCAAAAAAAUGCUCCAAAUUGCUCAACCAAUAAUUUUACAAUUUCUAUUGAUGUUCCCCGUUGAGACAGAUGACAAUUUUCUAAAUAUAAUCUUUACAAUAUGAAGUUGGCCUUUGGUAAAAUGGAAGAAAAAAUUACAUGGUGGAAUCCUCCAUCUAAA